AUGGCACGAGGUGAGGUAGUGCACAUACACGUUGGACAGGCGGGCGUCCAACUGGGAAAUGCAGCUUGGGAAUUAUACUGCCUGGAGCAUGGGCUUGGAUAUGAUGGAAAGCCCGAUCCCGACUCACAGGUGACUGAUACUGGCUCGCGAGAUACCUUCUUUACCGAAACACGAGGCGACAAAUUCGUCCCACGCUCUAUCUUCGUCGAUCUGGACCCAGCGCCACUAGACGAAAUACGUUCUGGGAAAUACCGCCAACUCUUCCACCCAGAGUUGAUGGUAAAGGGCAAAGAAGACGCUGCGAAUAACUAUGCAAGAGGUCACUAUACUGUUGGUAAAGAACUGGUAGAGGAUGUGCUGGAAAGGGUCAGAAGAGUUGCAGACAACUCGAACUCACUCCAAGGCUUCCUAGUCUUUCAUUCAUUCGGCGGUGGCACAGGCUCAGGAUUUGGGUCUCUACUGUUGGAGCGUCUCUCGAUUGAGUAUGGCAAGAAGUCGAAACUUGAGUUCGCAGUUUAUCCUGCACCUCAAGUCUCUUCCUCGGUGGUAGAGCCGUACAAUGCCGUCCUCGCGACACAUUCGACGAUCGAGCACGCCGAUUGCACGUUCCUAGUCGACAACGAGGCUGUCUACGAUAUUUGCAAACGCAAACUCGACGUUCCCCGACCUGAUUUUGAGCACCUCAACCGACUUAUCUCCCAGGUGGUGUCGUCAGUCACAGCCAGUCUACGAUUCCAGGGAGCCUUGAACAUUGAUUUGGCCGAGUUUCAGACCAACCUUGUCCCAUUUCCGCGUAUUCACUAUCCUCUGAUUAGCUUCGCUCCUGUCGUUUCCAGGCGAAAAGCCUCCCACGAAAGCUUCAGAGUAGCUGAGCUUACUGCUCAGUGCUUCGAACCAGGCAGUCAAAUGGUCGUCUGCGAUCCUCGAAAAGCUAAGUACAUGGCUGUUGCUCUACUCUACAGAGGCGACGUUAUCCCUCGGGAUUGUAAUGCUGCUAUAGCUGCCAUGAAAGCCAAAAGCACAGUUAGUUUUGUUGAGUGGUGCCCUACAGGCUUCAAGGUUGGCAUCAACCUUCAGCCACCUCUCACUAUGCCCAACUCGGAGCUCGCUCAGCAAUCACGGUCGGUCAGUGUACUAUCAAAUACUACUGCCAUCGCUGAGGCGUGGUCUCGACUUGGUCACAAGUUCGACCUAAUGUAUGCCAAGCGAGCCUUUGUUCACUGGUACGUGGGUGAAGGUAUGGAAGAAGGCGAGCUUAGCGAAGCACGAGAAGACCUUGCAGCAUUGGAAAAGGAUUACGAAGAAGUUGCAGCUGACGCAGUGGACGCUGAAGAUGUAACUGAGCAUUAG